CAUCAGUGCACAACAUUUCAAACUGAGAGAUGCACAAUAUUAAUAAUGUUUAUAAUGCACACGUUAUUUAUAAUUAAUGCUCUCCUCAGUGAAAAAUAACACAUGAAAUGCACCGCAUUAUUUAAUAAGAGGAAAAUGAAGCUGAAUUGCAGAACGAGUUUACAGACACCAUGAUGUGUUUAGUUCAGUUUGCUAAUGAAACAGAUGCAUCUCUCACACACACACACACACACACACACUGAAACACACGUUUGAGUGCGAUGCCGAAUAAACCCAAGAAAGAGAAGAUGGAGAAAUAAGGUCAAUGUGUGUAUUUUCUUUAUUGGAUUCACCAGAAUCUACAAAAGUGGGUAAAACAGGAGGGCAGGAGAACUCAGAGCAUGAGCCAAUCAGCAGCCUCCCCAGCCAGCCCUCUGCUGCUAGAGAUCAUGUGAUCUCCUCCGGCCAAUCAGCAGCCUCCCUUUGAUGGCUGACAUCAGUAAGUAGCUGCUUCCCUCCAGCAGCGGAGCUUCAUUUUCUGCGGAGAGGCUAACAGCUCGUCCGAGCCGUAGAUGUUGAGAUGCUCUAGAGAGGAGGCCAGGAUGGUUCUGGAUGCUCCGAGCGCCAACGGGCCCUUUCAGCCGGUGGCCCUGAUGCACUUGAGAGAUGUUCCUCCGGCCGAGCAGGAGAAGUUAUUCGUGCAGAAGCUGCGUCAGUGCUGCGUCCUCUUCGACUUCACCUCUGACCCCUUGAGUGACCUGAAAUGGAAAGAGGUGAAGCGUGCGGCGCUCAGCGAGAUGGUGGAGUACAUCACCCACAACAGGAACGUCAUCACCGAGCCCAUCUACCCCGAGGUGGUGCACAUGUUUGCAGUCAACAUGUUUAGGACGUUACCUCCAUCAUCCAACCCAACGGGCGCAGAGUUUGACCCCGAGGAGGAUGAACCCACGUUAGAAGCGUCCUGGCCUCACCUGCAGCUCGUCUAUGAGUUUUUCCUGCGGUUUUUAGAGUCGCCAGACUUUCAACCAAACAUAGCCAAGAAAUACAUCGACCAGAAGUUUGUGAUGCAGCUUCUGGAGCUGUUCGACAGCGAAGACCCCCGAGAGCGUGACUUCCUGAAGACGAGUCUCCACCGAAUCUACGGGAAGUUCCUGGGUCUCAGAGCCUACAUCAGGAAACAGAUUAAUAACAUUUUCUACAGGUUCAUCUAUGAAACAGAGCAUCAUAACGGAAUAGCCGAGCUACUGGAAAUAUUAGGAAGCAUCAUUAACGGCUUCGCCUUACCGCUGAAAGAAGAGCACAAAAUCUUCCUUUUAAAAGUGUUGUUACCUUUGCAUAAAGUCAAGUCCCUCAGUGUUCAUCACCCACAGCUGGCUUACUGUGUGGUUCAGUUUCUGGAGAAGGACAGCACGCUCACUGAGCCGGUGGUGAUGGCUCUUCUCAAAUACUGGCCAAAGACUCACAGUCCGAAGGAAGUGAUGUUUCUGAACGAGCUGGAAGAGAUCCUGGACGUCAUCGAGCCGUCAGAGUUUGUUAAAGUGAUGGAGCCGCUCUUCAGACAGCUGGCCAAAUGUGUGUCCAGUCCACACUUCCAGGUCGCAGAGAGAGCGCUCUACUACUGGAAUAACGAGUACAUCAUGAGUUUAAUCAGCGAUAACGCUGCCAGGAUCCUGCCCAUCAUGUUCCCCUCGCUGUACCAAAACUCCAAAACCCACUGGAACAAGACGAUCCAUGGGCUGAUCUAUAACGCUCUGAAGCUCUUCAUGGAGAUGAAUCAGAAGCUGUUUGACGACUGCACACAGCAGUUCAGGGCCGAGAAGAACAAAGAAAAGGUGAAGUGGAAAGAGCGCGAGGAGGCGUGGAUCAAGAUCGAGAAUCUCGCUAAAUUAAACCCGCAGUUUCUGCAGUACAUCGACUCCAGCAGCUUCAGCGGUCCGAUGGACAUGGAGACGGACGGACCAGUCAUAGAUGAUGACAAGAUGCUGAAGAAGACCGUAGAAGAAGAAGCCACUCAGAUCCACAGAGACCAGCGUAGAGAGCGUCCUCUGAUGCGACGCAAGUCCGAGCUGCCUCAGGAUAUAUCCACCGUGAAGGCCCUCGAGACGCACCGGCGAGCCGAGGACAUGAUCGGUGUCCAGGACGGCCUUUAGAGGACCACAGACGCCCGAAAACCCAGUCCAGUCUCAGCCGGUCGAUGACGGCCCACGUCUUGGCGCUUGGCUUUUUAGUCUGGAAGUGCCUCGAGAUGUAUUUCGCAUCUGAAUCGAGUGCAAACCCUUCCGUUCGUGUCCAGAUACUUUGGCAAUAAGUCCGUCCAGGGAGAUUUCGGGUGUUCAAACAAUGGUGGUUAAUCAGCAUUAAAGCUUUUAAACAAGUUGCAUAGAGUGCCUUUUUAGCUAAAGGAGAAAGUAUUUAUCGUCUGGAAUUCACUUGUGGAAAAGCAGUCACAAUGGGAGCCAUACAAAAAACCCAACUUUUCCUGAUAAACUUGAACGAUUUCUUCUGUUUCCUUGGGUUUGCGACGUAUCCGUCUGAACCAUUGUUUGAACCUCCAUCGGGUUUGACCUGGAAACACAUCUUCAAAGUGUCCUUUAGUAUGCGUCCCCCACUAAACGGCGUCAUCUGAUAUUGUAUAUAUUGUAAUCCAUCUAUUAUUGAAUGAUAGAUCUCUUAUUUUGUAUACAUUUUCUCAUGUACAGAAGAAAACGGUUAUUAGCCACUUGCGUUAGAAACGUUUAGGGUUUAAUUCCUAAGUUUUUUUUUUACUAUUUGUAUUUGAGAACUUUUCUGUCUCUGCAUUCAGCUGUGUGAUGAGAUCCAUUAUAAAAUAGCUUUCAUAUGUGCUUUUCUCCAAAUCUCAAGUGGUAUAUGUCUAUAUACAGAAAAUAAAUAAAACAUGUUUUAUAUUUUCAUCAUAUAAGAACAUGGUAAUUGUA